UGGUUGAAAGUGUCGCUGGUUCUGUGGUGCAGCCAUGGGUGCAGCAGAGGAGGCAUGAGAGGAGGCGCUGAACCGUGUACCGCGUAACACUGUAGCGUAACUAUGCCCACUGGUGUGACAUAACUGUAAGAGAACAUCGCUAACGUGGUGUAAACAUCAUACUUUCAAACUAAGUACAGUAACUACAGAUGUUCAGUACGUGGCUAUCCUUUCGCAACCUUUCGACAAAAGCUAGUUCUCUUGGUUUCCGCCGCCGUCCAAAGCGUCUGUCAGGUUAUAACUUGUUUUUGAAGUCGAUCUGGCCUUCGUUGAAGCAACUAAACCCAGGAAAGGAUUUCCAACAAGUGGUCUCCAUUGCUGCCAAGAAGUGGAGGGCAGUGGAUGAGCAUACAAAACAGCUCUAUGCCAACAAAGCAAAGGAUCUUUCAGUGCAGUUUGAGAAACAGUACAAUGAAUAUCUGUCCAAUUUGAAAAUUGAAGAGAUGAUGGCUGGUGGUCGAAAGGCCAAGGACCUGCACCUGAGGAGCAAGAGCAGUCAUUUGGAGGCAAAGGUACGACAACUAAAGAAGCCACGGCCUCCUCUGUCACCAUUUAUCUUGUUCUGCAUUGAAGCCAGACAUCCUAACCUAAAAUUGAGUGAGAGGUCAAAACUUCUGGCUGAAAAAUGGAAAACUCUGUCAAACUCUGAAAAGCAGGUCUACCAGCAGAGAGCUGAAGAGGACAAGAGGCGCUACCAUGACGACAUGAUUGACUGGGAAAUGUGCAUGCAGCAGACUGGAAACUCCCAUAUCCUUCAAGAAUAUUUUCAAGAAAGGAAUAGUGCUGAUAAUGUAAAAAAGCACCUGGCCAAGAGGCUAACACAAUGUGAAGAAAGCUUGGGAGGAUGAGAAGUACUGGCAGGAACAGCUGCUGAAAAUUGUACAAAACUGGUAAUGCUAAAACAAGCAUUAAAAUAGUCGUUGCUUCAAUGGCA